UUUUUGAAUCCGAUAGUGUCAGCGGCUCAUCCCGGGUGCGUUGCUGGAGCGGCCGGGAAAUUUACGAAGGCAGCCUACUUUUUUUGGCGAUACUUUCCGAUACAUCGGUGAGACCGCUUGUUGCGGCCAUUGCUGUUUCAGACAAAGAUCAGAGCUACGAUCAGAUUACUGUGACGUCAUCAUGUACAAGUCAGACGAUAACGGUUACGAUGAGGGUUUCGUAGUGCGAGCGCGUGGUCUCCCAUGGUCGUGUGAAGCUUCAGAGAUUGUGAAAUUUUUCGGUGAGGCUCGCAUUAAGGACAAUGAGGACGGCGUGCACUUCACGUUUAACCGCGAGGGCCGGCCGAGCGGAGAGUGCUUCGUAGAGCUGGAGUGUCAGGAGGACAUGGAUCUCGCACUGCAGAAGCACAACCAACACAUGGGCCACCGUUACAUCGAGGUGUUCAAGUCGAAGUACAGUGAGAUGGAGUGGGUCGUUAAGCGCAGCGGACCCAACCAGAACGCUAGCGAGGAGGCGUGCGUCAGACUCCGCGGACUGCCGUUCGGAUGUUCCAAGGAGGAGAUCGCUCAAUUCUUUCAAGGGUUGGAAAUCGUGCCAAACGGGAUCACACUUCCAAUGGACUUCCAAGGGAGAACAACAGGGGAGGCCUACGUGCAGUUUGCCAAUCCAGAUAUCGCCGAUCGGGCAUUGGGCAAACACAAGGAAAAAAUCGGGCACAGGUACAUUGAGAUCUUCAAGAGCAGUCUGAACGAGGUUCGUAACGCUCUCGGUGGAGGAAAGAUGCGCAGCCUCAUGUCGAUGAGUGUACGUCCCGGACCGUAUGACCGCAUGGGGGGAGGAGGCGGAGGAGGAGGAGGAGGAGGAGGCGGAGGGCGCUUCAGCGGCCGGGGAGGAUCGUUUGGAGGUCGCGGCGGCGGCGGCGGAAGAUUCGGAGGAGGCGGUUUCUAUGACGACGGAGACUUUGACGGCGGCUACAGCGGCGGGUUCGGAGGAGGAGGCGGUUACGGCGGACGAGGAGGCAGGGGCGGUCGCGGCGGCAUGGGAGGCGGCGGCUACGGCGGACGCAUGGGCGGCGGCGGCGGAAUGCCCAUCACUAACUUUGUGAGCAACACAGGACACAGUGUGCAUAUGCGCGGCCUCCCGUUCAAGUGCACCCAGCAAGACAUCAUUGAUUGGUUCUCGCCGAUAUCCGUGGUGAACGUGGUUCUGGAGCACGGUCCGGACGGCCGGGUGACGGGGGAGGCAGACGUCGACUUCCCAUCGCACGACGAUGCCGUCAAAGCCAUGUCCAAGGACAAGGCUAACAUGCAGCACCGAUACAUCGAGUUGUUCCUCAACUCCACCCUGGAAGGUCGCGGCAGCCGCGGAGGCAGCAUGGGAGGAAACGGCGGCGGCGGAGGCGGCAUGGGCACCGGCGGGGGUUUCGGGAGUCCGGGCGGUGGCAUGCAGAACCAGAGCUUCGGCGGGGGUUUCAGCGAGACCGGCGGCUCCGGCGGGGGUUUCGGAGGCGGGUUCGGCGGGGAUAACGCCGCGUCGAACUGGCUCACGGACGCUCCGUUUUGAAGGGGGCGGCGGUGG